CUCACACUCCUCCCCAUAUCCCAGGUCUCUCCCCCCCAGGGCCAGGGGCCCCUCAAUACCCCAUGAUGGCUCAGGACUGGGAGGAAGAGGGGAAACUCGUAGCCUGGUUCCCUGGGGUCCUUCCCAGAAGGCCAGGAUCGGCCAGACCGCAGGCCCCGGCCUCACCGGUCCCUCUGUCCCCAGCCCCAGGCCGCAGGGGCUCCGUGGCGCUGGUCUCCGAAAUCUUCGAGCAGCACCUGGGAGGACACAUCUUGCAGUCCCUGGAUGGCUUUGUGUUUGCCUUGAGCCAGGAGGGGAAGUUCCUCUACAUCUCAGAGACCGUCUCCAUUUACCUGGGUCUCUCACAGGUGGAGCUGACGGGCAGCAGCGUCUUCGAUUACAUCCACCCCGGGGACCACUCCGAGGUCCUGGAGCAGCUGGGACUGCGGGCCCGGACCUCCGGGCCCCCCACCCCGCCCUCCAUCCCCUCCUCUUCCUCCUCUUCCUCCUCGCUUGCCGAUACUCCUGAGAUCGAGGCCAGCCCCACCGAGGUGCCCCCCUCCUCCCGGGCCCAGGAGCGCUCCUUCUUCGUCCGCAUGAAAUCCACCCUCACCAAGCGGGGUCUGCACGUCAAGGCCUCGGGGUACAAGCCAGGCCAGGAGAGACGCGAGGGGCCGGCAGAGCCCAUCUCCCCCUCCCCCUCCCCCAGGGUCAGCGAGCACAUGGACCUGGGGCCCGCGGAGCUGGUGGGCCGCAGCUGCUACCAGUUUGUCCACGGACAGGACGCAGCCAGGCCCCGCCGGAGCCACCUGGACCUGCUGGACAAGGGCCAGGUGGUGACCGGGUACUACCGCUGGCUGCAGCGCGCGGGGGGCUUUGUGUGGCUGCAGUCCGUGGCCACCGUGGCUGUGAGCGGGAAGAGCCCCGGGGAACGCCACGUGCUGUGGGUCAGCUACGUGCUCAGCCAAGCGGAGGGCGGCCACACACCCCUGGACGCCUUCCAGCUUCCAGCCAGCGCGGCCCGCGAGGACGCGUCCAGCCCAGAGCCAGAACCCGCAGAGCCAGCGCCCCCAGUGCAAGGGAAGCCGGCUGCCCCCCCAGAUGAGGAGGAGGCCCCCCAGACCCAGGGCAAGUGCAUCAAAGUGGAGCCUGGCCGUGGGGACACGAAAGACCUGGAGGACAGCGGAGACGAGGAGCCAGCUGGCCACGCAGCCCCGCCACCG